CCAACCCAGAUUUGGAGCUCUGUCCGUCGUUUCAAUUUCAUAGGCGUUAUACGACUCUCCUACUCAGAUUUGGAUUUCCCUCAACCUCACUUGACAUUCAAAUCUCUCCUCCCUCUAAACCCUUCACCUACGUAUAUAAUAAGCCCAUGGGUUCGCGGCUAUAAAACGCAUGAUUAGGGUUUCUCUUGGCGAUGGUGGGGAUGUUGAGUUCAAUCUCUAGGGAAAGGCUCUUGAGUCUGGCGAACUCAGCCAGGACAGCCAGUGAGAUAUCUUCGAAGCUCGACUACUUGCGUCAAUUGAGGCGAGUGUUACCCCACGAGAACCUUACCUUGCUAUCCGAGCUCCUCCCUCGCCUCUUCGAUCUCCAGACCGACCGGUUCGCUCCCAUUCGCAAGUUUGCCACCGAGAUAAUUGGUGAAGUUGGAGUCAAGCACCUUGAAUUCUUACCUGAAAUUGUACCAGUUUUGAUGAAUGUAUUGGAUGAUGGGGAACCUCCUGUUGCUCGACAAGCUAUCACUUGUGGAUUGGAUUUCUUCCGAUGCACUCUUGUUGAAGUUGCUAUUCAGGGUCUGCAUAUGAGUGAAUUGAAUGAUUCGCUUCAAUUGUCAUGGGCAUCAAUGCUAGAGUUGAAGGACAGGAUAUACUCAAUAGCUUUUCAGCCAGGAAGUGGUGGGGUGAGGUUGCUAGCUCUGAAGUUUGUUGAAGCUGUUAUUCUUCUUUAUACUCCUGAUCCUAAUGGCUCGUCUGAGCCCCCUCAUGAUGGGAAGCUUUCGGAGUUCAAUAUAUCUUGGAUCCGCAAAGGUCAUCCUGUACUCAAUGCUGGAGACCUGUCAAUUGAGGCCAGCCAAAAGUUGGUUUUAUUGCUUGAUCUACUCCGGUUCCCAGCAGUGAAAUCUAUUAGUAAAUUAGUCAUCAUCGUGCUUGUAAAUAGCCUUUCUUCUAUAGCAAAGAAAAGGCCUGCAUAUUUUGGACGUGUUCUCCCUGUUUUACUUGGCUUGGAUCCGUCAAGCUCUGCCUCUGAAGGGGGGGUGCAUGUAUCUGGCGCAUGUCAUGUUCUGAGAAAUGCCUUUCUCUCCUGUUUGAAAUGUACUCACCCGGGUGCCGCACCGUGGAAGGAUCGUUUAUCAGAUGCCCUGACGGAACUGAAAGCUGGGAAGACAGCAGAUAAUUCUCUGCAUCAAGUACACAACAUUAAUGAAAGUGGAGAGGAGGUGGAAAAAAGUUCAUUACUGUUUGAGGAACAGAAGCCCUCUUUGAAAGUUAUUCAUGUAACUGAUAGUAACAUGGGGAGGAAAAGGUCUGGAGCAGAGUACAGCAGUGAUAUGGUGGACAAUGAUUUUUCUGGAAAACGAGUCAAAUCAACAUCUACUGGCUCAGAGGAGUCAAGCAAAGAAUUAGAUAGGAACAUUGACUUCUCUCGAGAUGACUCUCCAUCAGUUGAACCAACCAAUAACAAAGGAGCUGGAGAUAGUGGCCCUGUGCUCCAACUUGUUGCUAUGUUUGGAGCGCUGGUCGCUCAAGGUGAAAAAGCUGUUCCAUCGCUGGAGAUUCUCAUUUCAAGUAUCUCUGCUGAUUUGCUAGCUGAAGUGGUGAUGGCAAAUAUGCGCAACCUUCCUCUAAAUCAUCCUCACAGUGAAGUGGAUGAUGAGUUACUGCUGAACACGAGUAUAGUUGGAAGUGAAACUCAAGCCAAGUAUCCAUCAUCAUUUCUAGCUGGUGUACUUUCACUUUCUAGUUCUUUUCCACCAAUAGCAUCACUGCUCAGUGGUCAUCAGUCAGUGUCGAAUGAUAUUGUGGCACCACAAGAUGAUGAGGAUAUCGGUGUUGCAGCUUUGGGUGAUCAUACUGCUGAUGGUGCUGAAACAACUCAUGGGACUCAAAAUGAAGUGUUACCCAUUAGUAUUUCAGUUUCUUCUGUUGUACUUUCUGGAGUGGAGGGUGUUUUUCCUAUUCCUCAUGAUACUAAUGAUAUAGGAAAUUUAGAGGGUGAGAUACCUGGUCUGGAUUCUUCUGCGCAUGACGAGGGUCUUUCAGAAACUCUGGUUGCUUCUUCAUUUGCCUCUACCGAUUUAGAAUAUACCAGUCAAGAGCAAGUUAAUUGUUCAGGAGAAAGGUCGCCUAUGGAAAUUCUUCCAUCAAUAUCAACAGAUAGGUCAGAAGAGCAUAGUCCUAGGGCAGCAGUCCUGGAUUCCAACAGCCUGGCGUCCUCAACUGCAACUUCUGUGGGUUUGCCCUCUCAUUUUGCCCUGCCAAAGAUGGCAGCACCUGUUGUUAACCUUGCUGAUGAACAGAAAGACCAUUUGCAAAUUUUUGCAUUUACACGCAUUGUUGAGGCUUACAAGCAAAUAGCAGUUGCUGGAGGUUCGCAAUUACGUUUUUCUCUGCUGGCUUAUCUAGGUGUUGAGUUUCCAUUGGAGUUGGACCCUUGGAAACUAUUACAGGAGCACAUAUUCUCUGAUUAUUUGAGUCAUGAGGGUCACGAGUUGACAUUGCGCGUCCUCUACAGGUUAUAUAGGGAGGCAGAAGAAGGGACUGACUUUUUCACUUCUACAACUGCUACUUCUGUGUAUGACAUGUUUAUUCUGGCUGUGGCUGAGACACUUAGAGACUCUUUUCCUCCAUCGGACAAAUCUCUGAGUAGAUUGCUCAAUGAAGCUCCUUAUCUGCCUAAAUCCAUUUUAAAAUUAUUAGAGUGCUUGUGUUGUUCCGGAAACUGUGAGAAACCUGAGAAGGACUUGCAAGGCGGAGAUAGAGUGACCCAGGGUCUAAGCACUAUAUGGAGCCUCAUUUUGGUCAGGCCUCCUAUUCGGGAUGUCUGCCUGAAAAUUGCUUUACAGAGUGCUGUUCAUCAUUUAGAGGAAGUACGGAUGAAGGCUAUCCGUCUGGUGGCAAACAAGUUAUAUCCCAUGUCGUCGAUUUCUCAGCAAAUAGAAGAUUUUGCAAAUGAAAUGUUGAUAUCUAUGAUAAAGGAUGAUGCUAUGGAGAGAAUGGAUGCUGAAGGCUCUAUUUCUGAGUCACGGAAGGAAUCUGACUUUGAAAACCCUUCAAAUGAGCAUCACUCAGUCAGUGCCAUCGGUAAGGAUGUCUCCUCUGAGACUCAUCAGUCGUGCACAAUUCAGAGUGAGUCCUCCCUCUCAAUGCCUGAGGCCCAGCGGUGCAUGUCACUGUAUUUUGCUCUUUGCACAAAGAAGCACUCCCUCUUUCGCCUAAUAUUUGUUAACUAUGAACGUGCAUCAAUUGCUGUUAAGCAGGCAAUACAACGGCAAAUCCCAAUAGUAGUCCGUACUAUAGGCUCGUCAUCUGUUCUCCUUGAAAUAAUCUCAGACCCUCCCAGUGGAAGUGAGAACCUUCUGAUGCAGGUUUUGCAUACCCUUACGGAUGGGACUAUUCCUUCUCCGGAGUUGAUAUUUACCAUCAGGAAGUUAUUUGAUUCAAAACUAAAGGAUGUGGAGAUAUUGAUUCCAGUAUUGCCGUUUCUACCAAGAGAUGAGGUUUUUCUGGUUUUUCCACAUUUUGUUAAUCUAUCACUGGAGAAGUUUCAGGCAGCUCUUGCUCGUAUUGUACAGGGAACACCUCAUUCUGGUCCAGUGCUCGAUCCUGCUGAAGUUUUAAUAGCAAUCCAUGGAAUUGAUCCUGAAAGAGAUGGAAUUCCCUUGAAGAAGGUCACUGAUGCAUGCAAUGCCUGUUUCGAGCAACGACAGAUAUUUACCCAACAAGUUAUUGCAAAAGUCUUGAACCAGUUGGUUGAGCAGAUUCCUCUUCCGUUGUUGUUCAUGCGUACAGUACUGCAAGCAAUUGGUGCAUUUCCUGCGUUGGUGGACUUUAUAUUGGAGAUCCUUGCUCGUCUUGUAAAUAAGCAGAUAUGGAAGUACCCGAAGUUGUGGGUAGGAUUUUUGAAGUGUGCACAAUUGACCAAGCCUCAGUCAUUUGGUGUGUUACUUCAGCUUCCUCCGCCCCAGCUAGAAAAUGCAUUGAAUAGAAUUGCAGCACUUAAGGCCCCUCUUGUUGCUCAUGCAAGCCGACCUGAUGUUCGCUCUUCGCUUCCCAGGUCUAAGUUGGUAGUUUUGGGAUUAGCUUCUGAUCCUCAGAGUACGAGCCAAAUACAAACGAGUCAGGCUGAAACCGGGGAUGACGCAGUAAACUUGGAUAAGGAGGCUGCAGCAGAGAAAACUAGAGAAUCAUCUGCUAGUUGAUGAUUUGCCUUGAAAUUAGUUCAAGUGAUGCUUUUUAUGCAUGGAUCACCCUAACAUAUAUGCUUACCCUAUAAUUUGGAUGGGCUGAGUUAUAUCCUGGAUUUUGACAGUCCAUAAGGAUGGAUGGGAACAAUGGAAGGCACACCUUCGCUUCAGAUUUUGGGAAUUCAGGAGACUACGGGAGUCCACAAUUGAUUAUGAAAAGGUAUGCUGACAAAUAUGCACGAUCAAUAUUAAUGGUCUGUCUCUCGUAUUUUGCAUUCUUCUUUUAAUGCUAUUUCUUACUUGCCCAAAAUAAAAAGGGCUGCAUGUACAUUUUCUAACAGGGCAGGGGGUGAUUUAUUGUCGAUGUAAAUUAACAGUUAACUUCUUCCCUUUUACAUUGAGGUCUUAAAAGUAAAAUAAAUGGUAUUGCUUACAUUUCCUCUUA